GUAGCUGUCGGAGAUCGGCGGAAUAUAACGACCAUACUGUUCGGGUGAAUACAUCUUUGGGACUUAGUUGUCUAGUAAAUAGGUAGAUUAAGGAUUGAAUAGUGAAAGUAGGUACUCAUCAUGCAAAGUGUAAUUAACAGUGUAAAAGGAACAGCGUUGGGAGUAGCAGAGUUCUUGACACCAAUCUUAAAGGAGUCAAAGUUCAAAGAGACAGGAGUGGUGACCCCUGAAGAGUUUGUGAUUUGUGGAGAUCACUUAGUACAUCACUGUCCCACUUGGCAAUGGGCUAGUGGCGAUGAUGCUAAAACCAAACAAUACCUGCCACGUGAUAAGCAAUUUCUUGUCACAAGGAAUGUGCCUUGUUAUAAACGAUGUAAACAGAUGGAAUACUCAGAAGAACAAGAAAAAUUGAUUGAGACAGAUGAUGAUGAAGGUGGCUGGGUAGAUACACAUCACUAUACAGAAGGAACACCCAUAAGUGUAGCAGAUCAAGUUCAUGAAAUGACACUUGAUUUAAAGAAGUCUUCAAAUGAUCCAUUACCCCAAGAAGAAAGUGAUGAAGAUGAUGAUGAAGAAGCUGAAGAUAUGGAUGCUUUUGUAGAAAGUGGAAUGCUAGAUAAUGAGGACAAGGCAACACUGGAAAUAUCAACCCUAAAUCCUAAAGAUCAGAAACAAGAUACUAGCAACCCUUAUGAGAAUGAAAUCGUGUCAACAAGAACAUAUGACUUAAACAUUACUUAUGAUAAAUAUUAUCAGACACCACGUUUGUGGCUCUAUGGAUAUGAUGAGAAUCAUAAACCACUCUCAAUUGAAGAAAUGUAUGAAGAUAUCAGCCAAGACCAUGCAAAAAAGACUGUUACUAUGGAAACUCAUCCACACCUUCCUGGACCACCUAUGGCAUCAGUUCAUCCUUGCAGGCAUGCUGAAGUCAUGAAGAAAAUCAUUGAGACUGUAACUGAAGGAGGUGGAGAUUUGGGAGUACAUAUGUACCUGAUAGUGUUUCUUAAGUUUGUGCAGGCUGUGAUUCCAACUAUUGAAUAUGAUUAUACUCAGAACUUCACAAUGUGAGACCUAUAGAGUUAUGUAAAUUAAAGGAAUAAUAUGAAAUAGGCAGGUUGUUUUAGUAAUUUUCCAGUUAUUACUAUAAAAACUUCAUUGUUAAUUCCUAUGUACAUUACUACCAGUCAAACCAGAUAUCCUUCUUUUGAAAGAAAAUGAAAAAUUCCAGCAGUUACUACUAUAUUGAAUUGUCAAAAGUUGCAAAACACAUGAAAAAAGUUUUACUGGAAUACCUGGUAUACAUAUAGUCACAAUGUGAUUGAUAUUUAGAUGUAAGCAAUUUGUACAUUUGACAUCUGUACUGUUAAACAAUUUUGUUUCAAUGCUGUAUAUGAACUAACAUUUUAUGUAAUAAUUGAAAAUAUAUAUAUCUCAUUGGCAUCAUCUUCAGUGAUAGUAAAAACCCACAAAAUGAAUUUUUAUUCACAAUGGUGUUAAUUUAUGAGAAAAAUUGAGUGAAAUUAUUUCAUAAAGUUAGUGAAUAAAAGCACAGUGGACACAAAGAGAAUUGACGCAAAUUAAAACAAAUGUUCCAACAGUGUUCUCUAGUAAAACAUUUUCGCAAUCUCCACCUGUAUUUCGUCCUCACCCUUUAUCAUUUUAAUGUUAAACAUUAUCACACAUAGAGAAUUAUUUGAGAUUCUCAAAACAAUAAUCAUUGAAAUUAUCAAUAGCUUAUUACUUUUUAUUUUGUGUGUGCAUGUAACUGAGCAUUAAUAGUAAGCAUUAUGUAGCUGUUAUGAGUAAGGUAAAAAGGGUAAGUAUGUAAUUUCAAACUAAUAAAUAAUCUUAACUGUCAUAGAGGCUGUUCUUUGUUGUACUAUUUUCUUUACCUUGGGUGACCUAAUUCUUGUUCCAUUAUGCCCCAGGGUAUGAGUUUUUUUAUUAUUUUAUUUCUGAUUAGGGAGGAUUUUCUCCCUGGUGCCCAAGAUUUUUGAGAGUCCCAGAAAAACUACAUCCACCUUGGGGUGUACUGUAUAUGAACUUACAGGAUGUUCUGAGCUACCACUUAAAAUUAAUCUAAACUCAAAAAGUCAGGAAUAGUCUGUUAAAUCUUUCAUUCUUGUAAUCUUUCAUUGCAAAAAAAAAAAGAGUACCUAUAAAAUUUUCUAUCUGGGACUUAGCUCUUGGUUUUUCUGUUUCUUGCAGUUUAAGAGGUUAUAAAAUUAAAAUGUUUAUUUACAGCCUUACACCAUCAUCAUCUUGGAUUUGCAUUUUCAAGUGAUAUUAAUUCUAGGUUCAACUUGUUGAUUGUUUGGAAUGCUACCAAUUCAAGCUUUAAAGUAAUUCAGGGAAGACUGUUUGAUGUAUUGUUUAUCCACCGUUGAGUCAAUUUAAGUUUAUGGGCUAACAAUGCUUAAUUCCAGGGUUUGUUUUGUAAUAAUCUGCAGUAGAGCACCAUUGUAACCAAAAAGUGACUGUUAUAUAAAUAAGUACUGAUCUAACUGGAAGGAAACCUAAGCUGUUGCUACUGAUUUACUGUUCUUUUAUCUGCAGAUAGGUGGCAUCACAGUCAAUAUAUUCACAUUAAUCUGUUUGUAAGAAAAUAUGAGUGAGAUUUGAAUGACCUCACAACCUUUUAAAUGUACUGUGGAGCAUAAAAAAUAUUUCUCAGAAACACAAAAUGAAUAUAUGUAUGUUGUAUGCUUAAACAAUAAUAAUUAACAGUCCUUUGUGAAAUACUCAAUACCAGAAAUCAGUCUUGAAAAAAGGUUUAUCAUUGACAGGAUUGCUUCUUAAUUAUUGACCUUGUUGGGUUGUAUAGAACUUGAAACUUCAGUUUUCGGUUGGACAUAUUAUGGAUUUUGUGUAUUAAUAUAUUCUCAUUUUAAAAGUUAGAAAUAUGAAAUGUAUAUGUUUAUCCAAAAUAUUUUGAAACACAUUCUGUGGUUUCUUGAAGAUUAGACAUUUUGGGCACCAGUUUUAGUUAUUACAAAGUUUAACUCUAAUCAAUGGUAAAAGCAGUAUCUUUAAAUUUGUAUUCCUUUUAAAGAGCACUUGGUAUUUGUCAUGAAAUUAUUUCCUAAAUGGAACUUACUAAAAUUUUAUUUUAUGGUGUUUUUGAAUAAAUUCUGUAUUUUUGUUUUUUGUCUUAAUUGUGUUGUUUAAACAGUUUUCAAUUUGUUUGAUAAUUAUGGAGAUUUCUUAUAAACUGUUUCCUUUAUUGUGUUAUAUGCCAUGUGGUUUGUAGAUGUAGGAAUUCACAAAGCAGGACAUUUUCACACCAACUUUGUGUCUUUUGAUAAGACUAUAUGUUAAUUUUUGUGAUGAAAUGUCAUUUAUCAGAGGCAUAUGCUGUUGGAUUGUUAAAAAUAAUCUUUCAUGUAGUCUAAUAUGGUAAAGAUGUUUGUAAAGGACUUUUAAUAUAUAAAUACAAGAUAAACAUCCAUAUGGUAUUAGGCUGCAUAAAGUUUUAUGCAUGCUUCUGUAAAGAGUUAAUAUAUGCAGGUAUAUUACAACAUUAUUUAAGGUGAUAAAUGUUUACAUUCUACAGUUGUUUGAGGUGAUUUUAAAGGUAGAAAUUACAUUCCUUUUUUAAAAAUUUGUGUUUACUCCUAGUUUUUAUUUACAGACCUUUGAGAAACUUGCACCUAUGUUUAAAAUAUUACAGCACACCUACAUUACAGACCAGAUGGUAGAUAAUUUGGACAUGUGUCAUUGCCAGAAAAUGUAAAGAACUAAUAAAUGUUCAUAUAAUAAUAUUACCAUUAUGAGUUACUGUUGCAUUCUAACCUAUGUAACUGUACUUUCUGAUAAAUGCUGCUUUGACUUUUACUGUGUACACUGAAGGUUCUUAAUUAAACUUGUUUGUCACUGAUA